AUGGCCAAAGGCUCUCAGCUUUCUCAGCUAAAAUCGGCUCUAUCUCAUGCUGGAAUCACCGGGAAUAAUAGUCAGAAUGGGAAGAAACGCAAGCGCUCUGCGCCACAGGAGAAGGAGAAGGAGAAACGAGCCGCAAAAUUAGAUGAAAUACAACGGAAGCUCAAUCCUUUCGAUCUUAAAGUCACCAAGUUAAAGCACGAUGUAGGAGGUCGUAAGCUGAAGGGUGUCACCGGGAAACCUGCCCAGAGUAAAACAGCUGGAAUUGAGCAGCGAAAGAAAACACUACUGAAGGAAUAUGAGGAGAGACACCGAACAGGAGGCAUAAUAGAUCGACGUUUUGGUGAAAAUGACCCGACCAUGAGCUUGGAGGAACGUAUGCUAGAGCGAUUCACGAAGGAACGACAACGUGCUUCUAAAGGAGUUGCCUUCAACCUCGAAGAUGAAGAUGAGCUUACACACUAUGGACAAAGUUUAUCCAAACUCGAUGAUUUUGAUGACAUCGGACUCGAAGAGGAGGACGAAGAUGAUGAAACCGGCCGAAUUAAUGAAGAUAUCGUUAAAUACACACACUUUGGUGGAUUUGACGAUGACGAAGAUGAGGAUAACGGAGAGCCAGCCAGGAAAAAAUCCAAAGCCGAAGUUAUGGCUGAAAUUAUAGCCAAGAGUAAAGGACAUAAGAUACGUCGUCAAAUGGAAAAAGAAGAAGGGGAAAAUGUUCGACACGAACUUGAUCAAGCCUUUGAUUCCUUACGAAGUCUUCUCUACGCUCCCGAUCCGUCUGCAACUGGGUCUAAUUCAACACCACUCGGUGCACCUGGUCCCUCCUUAUCUGUUGCCAUCCCUGAAACAGCAUUAGUCGCAACAGAGAAGACAGCCAACUACGACCAAGCCGUUCGAGAGUUGGCAUUUGAUAAGCGGGCCAAACCUAAAGAUAGAACUAAAACCGAGGAGGAGUUGGCGGUUGAGGAGAAAGAGGCUUUGGAACAAGCAGAAAAGCGACGAAGGAAACGCAUGUUGGGUUUAGAAGAUAGUGAUAGUGAGAAUGAAGGGAGAUCUAAAAAACGUCAACGAGGCGGCGAUGACUUGGAAGAUGAUUUUAAUAAUGAGGAGUUGGGAUGGAACGGUCUGGGAACAGGGUUGGAGGGUGCCCAUAGUGGAGAAGAGGAAAGCGAUGAUGACGGUACCGGUGAUAGUGGCGAAAGUGCACAGGGUGCAGACGAAGAUGAUUCUGAAGAGGGGGAUGAUCAUGAAGAUCAAGACGAUGAGGAGCUUGUCAGGACAUCUCAAAAGAGAAGUUUGUCGUCUCUGAAAGGGAAGGGCAAAGAAUUACCAUUCACGUUUCCCUGCCCUUCAUCGCAUGAAGAGCUCCUCGAAAUUGUCGACACUGUAAAUGACGAUGACGUUCCGACAGUCAUCCAACGCAUAAGAACUUUAUAUCAUACAAGUUUGGCCGCCGAUAACAAAUUCAAGCUUCAGGGUCUCAUUGGCGUCCUCAUUGACCAUAUCCUUUACAUAUCCUCCCCGCCAAAACCGUCCUUUUCCGUUGUUUCCUCCCUUUUCCCGCAUCUUGCCGCCCUCACAAAAGCAUAUCCCAUCCAGUCUGCAGAACACUUUAACCGCAAACUCGUCCUCAUGCACAAAAAUCUCAAGCGUGGAUUAUCACAAGGUGCUCUGCAACCAGAGGCAAAAACUUGGCCAGGUUCCGCCGAGCUCACGAUCCUCCGAAUAAUUGGUUCGUUGUGGCCGACUAGUGACAUGAACCAUGCUGUCGUCACCCCAACACGAAUUUUAAUGGGCGCAUACCUUGAAUUAGCUCGAGUACGGUCUCUCAGUGAUAUCACCAGUGGACUGUUCCUCUGUACGAUUUUCCUUCAAUAUGAACAGUUAUCUCAGCGAUUCGUCCCGGAAGCGGUGAAUUGUCUAGUCAACAGCGUUUUACACCUCGCUCCGAGCAAGUAUCAGGAUGCGUCCCAACUCCCGGGAUCAUUUCCAUCGCCUGAUUUUCGGUCGACGAACUGUCGUCACUUGACUCUUGACGCAAAAAUGGCUAAAGGCUUAAAAAUUCAACAACCUGAUUUAAACGACCUCCUCACUAACCAGAACCACGAUGCCGCAUCGAAACUGAACCUUUUGGCACUUUCGCUAGAUUUGCUCGGUCGAUAUGCGAAUAUUUCGAAAGGUUUAGAAGCAUUUGUCGAAGUAUUCGAUCCCAUUAACCAGAUUUUGCAAAAUCUCAAACUGGAAAAGUUUGAAGACGACCUUCAAGCUCGAGCUACAUCAACAAAGGAAAUCAUCGAGCGACUGCUCAAAUUUACUCGUCAAUCUCGACGUCCUCUGAUGCUGCAAGCACACAAGGCCAUCCCGAUCCCUUCAUAUGUGCCCAAAUUCGAUUCUACGUCGUCCUCGUACCUUAGACAUCAGGAUCCCGAUAAAGAGCGAAACGAGGCUGCCAAAUUGCGGAAUGAGUACAAGAAGGAACGUAAGGGUGCUAUUAGAGAGCUUCGCAAAGAUGCGAGGUUCCUUGCGGGGGUACAGCAGGCUCAACAGAAGGAGAAGGACAAAGGUUACAGAGAACGUAUGAAGCGCGUGUUUGGUUCACUGGAAAGUGAAAGGGCGGAAGAAAAGGCAAUGGAGAGGGAAAAGGCGAAGGAGAAAAAGAGAGCUGGAAGAAAAUGA